AUGCUCAAGCGACUGCGUAACAACGAGCUCAUGGUCGACCGCGUCGCCAACCGAUGGGGUCGUCUCGUGAUGCGCCAAACGCUAGCGGACUGGAAGAAGAUCAUCAUCCGCAAGAAGUACACGCGCGUUCUGCUGGAGAAGACGCGCUGGCGCUGGACCAAGCAGCGGCUCAUGAAGCUGUUCCGGCGCUGGAGCGACUACGCCGUCGCCGAAAAAGUGCGCAAGUCCCACGAGCAGAUCCAGCUCUACCGCGACAACAAGCACGACUACCAGGAGCUCAUCGGCAGGCUGCAAGUGCAGAUUGAAGGCGCCAAAGUCGAGAUGAAAGCCCACCGCGAACACCUCGACCUGGCUAAACGACACACGCUGUCGCUCGAAGAACUGCUCACUCAACUGGAACUGCGCGUUCGACAGAGCCAGGAGCGCAAACUGCAGACGAUCUCCAACCAGUGGGGGAAGCUCUGCUUCGCCUUCGUGGACUGCGAGUGCGACUACUUGCAAAACAUGUUGGACGCUGUCUCCGUGGAGGACUACGUCGAUAUGGGCGUGCUGGUCAUGAAAGGCGAGGACGAGAACGACCUCCUCCGCUUACCCUCCGAGCUGUUGGUGCUGCGAUGGAUCAACUUUCAGCUCGAACAGUGCGGGGGCUCAUUCAAAUACCUCUCCCCAUUCAACGCGGGCUUGAUUCAGAACUUCUCCUCCGACAUGCACAACUACUACGCGCUUCGCCAUAUUCUUGAUCGGGUGUUGAUGUGUAAAAGGCGACGGACCCCUCCAAGAGCUGCAAGAAUGCAGAGCGCGUUCAUGCUUCUGUCACGAGCUGCGGCUGACAGUGUUGCUGCUGCUAGUGCUUCGUCAAGGCAAACCCCCUUUCCGACUCGGGAGGAGCUGCGCGCUGCGUUGGCUGAGCAGCUGAACCCGGCGUGCCCAGCGUUCUUAAGCGACCACGUAUUGAGCAGCGAAAUAGCGAGCGACUUGGUGUUCUGCUUGUUCAGCUUCCUGGUCUGUGAACAUCCGAGCCUCAGUACUCAGCAGCAAGUUACGACUGUGCAGACAUCAAACUCUACCAAUAAGUACCCAUGGUGCGAGGCUCAAGUGGCUCUGAAUGAAGCUCGUGAGGUCUGGAACUCCGUGAGGUCGCAAUGGAGAGAGCUCCACACCCCAUUCGACGUGUUGGAGGCGACAAAGGCACCCCCGGAAGUGACGUCGCCCCCGCAAUUACUGGCGAAGGCUAGCAUUGUGCUACAGAAUGCAGUCAACACGGUGCAGUACGCAUGUUCUAAGCGCAGUAUCGCCAUGAGGGUGUGGGGAUGUCUGCAACGCCGUGUCCAGCAAGACGCGCUCCGUCUUCUCGCACGCCGAGGGCGCGAGCAAGCUCCGUUUGAACUGGUCGAUCGGAGAGUAUGGCGCGAGAAGUACAUGCUCACUACGCUGCACAUCCCGAAGCUUCUGCAACGGGUCGAAGAAGUGCUGGGCGAGCACUACGAGCAUCUGCGCCGGAUCUACCGCUUCUACGCCAACAUCGACAGCACUCGGUUCUUCUACAAGAUCUCGGCGUGUAUGUCGUUGGCAGAGUUCUAUGCGUUCCUCAAAGAGUGCGAAGUCUUCGGCAGAGCUCAGUGCUUCCCGUACGACUUGCUCCAGAGCGUGUUCGAGAAGGUGAGUCCCGACGUCGCAGCCUCAAUGGGGGCCGCCACCUCAACUUUACCACUCACGCACAUACUGUCCGCUCCGUCCAAAGAAUCGGGUGGGACCAACGGAAGGGAGAUGACCCCAGCAGAGUUCGUGGAGGCUCUGGUACACAUCGUCCGUAGUGAUCGGGUGCAGUGGAAACAAGGGGCGGAUACUACGCUCACUCUACCGCUAGCACUACGCUUCCGUAAGUUUCUAGAGGAGAUUAUUUUCCCGAACGCCAUGCACUCUGACGAGAAGAGCAACGCGUUCCGACCGCAGCUGCUGACGUUCGAGUGUCGGGAGGUCUUCACCACGCACCACAAGAAACUUCGAUCGAUGUACUCGCACUUUGUGUUGAGUGAGACGAAGACCGAGAGGCGCUUUGCUAGUCAGGACAGUACCGGGCUCCGGGGCACAGCUAAGAUGCUGUCUGCGAACGGGUUUGUCAACUGCUGCCAGCACUUCGACCUCUUUCGCGACAACUUGCUGCACUUCGACGACGUCCAGCACAUUCUGGCCGAGACGCUGCAGCUUGAGCGCGACAGUUUUCUCGAGGCCCUCGCGGCGGUCGCCUGCUACUUGAACCCAGACGCAUUCAUGCCUCUUGCUGCCAAGCUGGACGCCUUCUUCAGCGAACGUCUCGACUCCAGUGCUAUCGUACUGUAA